AGAUGGCGGCGGCGGCCCGCUGACGGCCGGACGCUGGGCCGCCGGACCGGGGCCGCGGGGCCCGCCCGCCUCGACCUAACGCCGGCCAUGGCGACCCCUGGACGCUGCGACGACGGCGCCUGCUGCCGCCCUCGGAGCUCGGGGGCCGGCGUGCGGCAGACCCUGGAGGAGAUGGACUUCGAGCGAGGGAUCUGGUCGGCCGCGCUGGACGGAGACCUCCGCCGGGUGAAGCGUUUCCUCCAGAAAGCCACGGACCCCAGCCUGCCCGACCGGGCCGGCUACACCGCCCUGCACUACGCCAGCCGCAACGGGCACCUGGCGGUGUGCCAGCUUCUCCUGGAGAGCGGGGCGGAGUGUGACGCCCAGACCCACGGCGGGGCCACCGCCCUGCACCGGGCCUGCUACUGCGGCCACACGGACGUGGUGCGCCUGCUCCUGUCCCACGGGGCUGACCCGGGCGUGCCCGAUGGCGACGGCAUGACCAGCCUGCACAAGCCCUCCCCCGACCCUAGCUGGAGAGCUUGGCUGACUGGGAUGGCCUGCCGCAGUGGUUGAAAGGCCGGUCCGACCCGCGCCCCCUGAGCAGGUCCAAUUGGGAGCUGCAGGAGCCCUGGCCAACUCAAGCCCCACUCCAGCUAUCGCUGCAGUGGCCAGGACCUGGCAGCUGGCUACGCUCUGCCCCCGAACCCCUGCCCACAGGCUCUGUUUGGGAGCUGGAGCAGGGCUGGGCAUCACUGAGAAGAGGUGGAGGAGGGCAGAGCCGUAGCCAGCGGCCUCACAUCCGCCAGGUGAGACUGGGUCGGGUCGGGUAGGGCACAUGCCCAUGUGGCUGCCAGCAGCCCGCCCAAGGAGCCUGGUGGGAUGGUGCUCCACCCCAUCGGGGGCCCCCAGCCCAUUUCCUUCCCUCCUCCGGCCUUAACUCUCCUGCCAGAACCACCCCUUAAGUGGCACUGAGCCCUCCAGGGACUUAGGCCGGGGUGGAGGGCUUUGACCCUUCUCCACCCCCCCAGACCACCAUGGGGCUGGGGAUAAAGCUGGCUGCUCACCCUGUAGAGCAGGGGUUAACGAUGGCACCAACCCCCCGCCCCCCUCCAAGACCUCAUUAAAGUGGACAUUAUGUCUCAGCCUGGCA